GGUACAGUCCGUCGACGUCCUGCGCGGGAGCGGAAAACGUGCAUCCGACUGUGCGGAAAAGGAGCUGUGUGUUUUCCUGGUAAAAAAAAAACGGAGCUACAUCACUAAAUUACUGAACUAUAAGUAAUAUUCAUCUUUAAUCCAGACGCCUGCGGACAAUAGAGCUUUGCUUACUCCUUCAGCAUGGCUCGAGACUGGAAACCCGGUGAUCUGAUUUUCGCCAAGAUGAAGGGUUAUCCUCACUGGCCUGCAAGAAUCGAUGAAGUCCCAGACGGCGCUGUGAAGCCGUCCAACAUCAAGUUUCCUAUCUUCUUCUUUGGCACCCAUGAAACAGCAUUUCUUGGCCCAAAAGACAUCUUUCCAUACCAGCCUAACAAAGAGAAGUACGCCAAGCCCAACAAGAGGAAAGGCUUCAACGAAGGAUUGUGGGAGAUUGAGAACAACCCAAAAGUUGAGCUCACUGCACCAAAGCCGGUUCCUCCAGAGUCUUUCCCUGAGAAGGAUUCAGACAGCGGUCCAGAGGGAGAGGAGGAUGUAGACGACAAGGGGAUAAAAUCCAAGGUUCCAGGAAGUGAGGCUGAGCAGGAGAAUGAGAAUGAGGAGGAGAAGGAGGAGGAGGAGGAGGAGGAGGAGGAGGAGGAAGGGUCUCUGAUCUCUGAGCAGGGUCCUCAGAACCAGGAUGGCGCUGCUCAGAAAGAAUCCACAGAUGUUCCCAAACCCAAGAGGGGAAGAAAGAAAAAGAGUGAGGCUGAGCAGGAGACUGAAAAAGACGAUGCUCCUGCUAGUCCUGUUAGUCCCUCAGGUGGAGAGGCUCCCAAACGAAGAGGCAGGAAGCCCAAAAGUGAGAAGUUGCUUCUGCUCCAGCAGCAGGAGCAGCAGGGCUCAGGAAGUGAAAUGGACACUGCUGAGUCAGAGAGAAAGAGAAAGAGGGCACCAGAGGACAAGUCCAAGAGUGUGGAGGAGGAGAAGAGAAAGAAGAAGGAGGACAGCAAAGGAAAGGAUGCAGAGGUGAAGGAGCCUGAAGCCAAGAAGAAGAAGCAGUCCAAGGACGACAGCUCGUCUGGCUCCGACGAUGAAGAGAAAAAUAAAGGCAGAAAGAAACAGCAAAGCUCAGACGUGGAUAAAGAUGCACGGCGGCGGAAAGCAGAUGAAUUAAGAGAGCCAAACAAAGAUGAUGGGAAGAAGACUGAAGAGAGGACAGGAGUGAAGAAAAAAGAAAUGUCGACUGACUUGAAGCUGCAGAGACUUCACAGUGAAAUCAAGAUUUCACUGAAAAUCGACAACCCUGAUGUGAAGAAGUGCUUGGAGGCAUUAGAUGAGAUCGGUGCCCUUCAGGUCACAACCCAGCACCUGCAGAAACACAGUGAACUCAUCGCCACGCUGAAAAAGAUCCGCAGGUUCAAGGCCAGCCAGGACAUCAUGGAUAAGGCCACCAUGUUGUAUAACAAGUUUAAGAGCAUGUUCCUGGUUGGAGAGGGAGACUCUGUGCUCAGCCAGGUGCUCAACAAGUCUUUAGCCGAACAACGGCAGCACGAAGAGGCCAAGAGAGGAGCACUGAAGAGAGUUGAACAAACGAAGGAAAACAACUCGGACAAGAUGACUAACGGUGAUACGAGCCCAGAGGAGAAGAAGCAGGAGGCCGAGAAGCUGCUAGAAGACACCUCGGCGGGAGAAAAUCACAGUGCCCCAAAACCUCAGGAAGAGUCCACCUGAGUGUCCCUACAUGCCUGAAGAAGAGAGAGGACGUUUGCUGCUGUACUCUUUUGUCCAAACUGGGCUCACCACCUGGGAUCUCCUGUCCAGUUUACUUCUGAUGACUGACAACGAUCACUGGUUUCCAGUUUACUGACGGGUUUUCGUCAGUUUUGCUGCUUCAGUACAUCAAACCCCUCCAACCCCUCGAGAUAACGACUGACUUGCAUAGUUUAUUUUUGUACUUUCUUUACCUUCAGACACCUCUUGAUUAACAGUGGAGAGAGUAUGAAGUCGUAGAUCUGCAGCACUGUGAACUUAUAGAGAGCGGGUUAGCACUGUUCGGUCCUAUGUUUCAACUUGUUAUCAUUUCUUUACAUUUAAUCUUUGCUUUUGACAUUUACAGAGCUUACAGUUUGAUCUUAACUUCACUUACAGCUGAUUUUGAAGAACAGAGGCGUAGCUGUAGUAAGAAACAGUCACCAUAUUAUUUCAUAGAUGCAUAUUCACUUCAGAUGGAAACACAGGAAAUUCUGGAGUUUGCCAAAGUUUCUUUUGCCAAGAAAAUGCUUUAUUCUCACAGUGUCUGUUUUAAAGUUGCUCUUCUUUUUAACAUAGAUGUAAAUAAGAGUAUUUUUGUGCCUGUCUGACAACCUGUUUCAGCAUCCAGUAAUAAAGUAGUACAUGUAGUUUA